GGUAAGUUAACUUUGAAAUUUAUUCUUGUUCAAUUUCAUUUAAUACAACUGAAAUUUGUCAAGGAAUUAGUCUACAAUGCUUUAUAAAUAUUGUAUAUAAUUGUGAAUGAUAAAAGAGCCAGUUAGAAUUUAAUUGUCUUGUCAAAGAUAUUAGAAAACACCUUUAUAUAUCAAAUUAUUUCUCUUCAUUUUCUUUUAUUUCUUAUCGAGUAAAAAUGCUUCCAUGUAUGUACAAGUAAAUAAAAUUAUUCAUGAAAAUGUCGUUUUCUUUCAUUCAGAUCAGGUGCGCCGUAGUCAAUUUUGGUGGCCAAGAGAGUUUGAGCAAACUAUGAAAUUACCAAGAAUCAAAAAUUCGAGGCGUCGUCGUUUGUUCUGUCGUAAUGGUUUUUACCUUCGUGUAACUGCGGAUAAACGUGUGUCGGGAACCACAAAUCCUUUUGAUCCUUCAGUUGUGUUUGAUCUUGUACCCACUGGUGAUAAUGGCGUAAAUAUUCUGAAUGUUAAAACUGGUUUUUACGUUGCAAUUGAUCAAAAUGGAGACAUCAUGGCAAAGUCAUCUCCUGAUGUCGAGUGCGUAUUUCAAGAAUCGAUUACCAACAAUUUUUACGACAUUUUCAAACGUCCUAGAACAUCAGGACCUCCAUUUGUCAUUGGCCUUCGAAAAAACGGUGACGCUGAAUCAACUUUGUAUCGAGGAAAAAAACAGGCAAAAUUUUGUGAAUUUUGUUUCGUGUCCCAACUUAUCUACAUCCACUCAAUGGGCAAAACUAGAAGUAUUGUUGAAAAAAUUUCAUCACUUGACCAAACGGAUAAUGUCCUCGAUCGUUCGACCACGAAACAUACGAUUACUUUGGUUACACAUGAGAAACCAGUUCCCACACGAAAACUAAGGGCAGCUGAUUAUUAUGCGCAAAAGCAGUAAAGUUGGAAAACAAUGUAUAAGUUAAAGACCAAAUACAUUAUAUUUUCUUAAUUUUCGCACAUGUAAACUUUUUCUCUAAACGUUUCGCUUUCCUUGCGUAUUCGUUUGUUCUUUUUACUCUUGCUUAUUGGUAUCGCGUUAAACUUAUAUAGCAUUCAUUGUUCCAUCUUUAUGUAAAUUAUUCGAAGCUUUGCUGAUUUAAAAUUAUUGAAAUUUUCAAAUACUA